AGACCGCUGCGGUGCGUGACACACAUAAAUAAACACCAAAGUUGGUACCGAAAUUAGUUGUGUGAAGACUGCAUUAAAUGCGUUUUCUGUUUGUUUUCCUUUCAACCACGAAAUAUUGAUGUAGUUACAAGAGAAAAUAUGCUGAACUACAUGCAUUUUAGCUAAUGCAUAAUAAGUUAUUUUAUCGAGCUAGCAUUAGCUAACUCGGUUAGCUGUCUGCGUUAGCAUCCAGGAGGUACAGCAAGCUGGACAAAACCCAGACUGAAUAAAUCCGAGGAGAAGUCACGCAAGGAUGUCGGACUCAGACAGUGAUGAGGACCAAGAUCGUCCUUUUUCUCUCACUGGCUUCCUCUUUGGAAACAUCAAUGAAGAUGGACAGUUGGAGGAUGACAGUGUUUUGGACAAUGAGUCCAAAAAGCAUCUAGCUGGUUUGGGUACUUUGGGUUUAGGCUCACUCAUCACAGAGAUUACUGCCAAUGAGGAUGAAGAUAAGGAGGAAACCAGAGACUCUAGUAGUGUGGAUGCAGAGGGUUGGGUUAAAAGCACCGAUGAUGCAGUUGAUUAUUCUGACAUCAGUGAGGUUGCUGAGGAUGAGACAAAGAAGUACCGUCAAGCCAUGGGCUCUUUGCAACCAAGCAGGAAAACAGAUGAUGAGGAUGACUAUGAUGCUGACUGUGAGGACAUUGACUCGAAGCUUAUGCCUCCUCCACCACCACCAAGUCUUCCUACAGCUGCUGCUAAGAAAGACGAACCCUCAACCCAAAGCCCAACUGUUGGGGAAGACGGUGAUGGCAUCAUCCUGCCCUCCAUCAUCGCACCAUCCUCUACGGCUGAUAAGGUGGACUUCAGCAGCUCCUCCGACUCUGAAUCAGAAACCGAUCGUCCCUGCCAGGGCUCGGGGGCUGGAGGUCCCCCAGACAGGCUCACCCUCCCUCUUGCUGGCAUCAUGCAGAAAGAUGCGGCCAAAGCAUUGCCAAGUGUCACAGAACUCUUCCCAGAGUUUAGGCCUGGAAGGGUGCUUAGGUUCUUGCGACUGUUUGGUCCUGGAAAGAACAUGCCAUCAGUUUGGAGGAGUGCCCGCAGGAAAAAGAAGCGGAAACACCGAGACCCUCAGCCUGGAACACCACCUCCAGAAGGAGAGCCCUCAGAACAAAGCCAGGAGAAGAAGUCUGGAUGGCUUUACGAGUACGCUCCCCCUCCACCUCCAGAGCAGUGUCUCUCUGAUGAUGAGAUAACCAUGAUGGCUCCAGUAGAAUCAAAGUUUUCACAAACUUGUGGCGAUGGGGACAAGGAGGCAGAGUCUCGACCUAAAGUAGCAGAAUGGAGAUAUGGUCCAGCCCAGCUCUGGUACGACAUGUUGGGCGUCCCUGAGGAUGGAAGCCAUUUUAACUAUGGGUUCAAGCUUAAGGAACAUCAGCCCAGUGAGCCUGAGAAGCAGGAUGCACCUAAAGAAAUUCCAGAGCCUAUGCAAGAGGAACAGAGGCAGGGCGAUGACGAUGAUAAUGGUGAUAGUGACGAUGAAGAAAAAGACAAAGAGGCCCUAGAGAACGAGCUCUUCCUGAUGGUCACUCAGCUGCAAUGGGAGGAUGAUAUAAUUUGGAAUGGGGAGGACGUAAAACACAAGGGCACCAAGACUCAGCGAGCCAGUCUGGCAGGAUGGCUGCCGUCUAGCAUGACCCGCAAUGCCAAUGCUUACAACGCACAGCAGGGUCUAACAAGAAGUAAUUCCCAACUGGUGCCACCUACACCUCCACCCAUGCCCAAAGCAUCUUCGAUCUCUGGCUCUAAGCGGGAAAAAAACAGCCAUGAUAAUCAAGCCUCUCAUGAAGAAGACUGUCCUUGGUUCUCCAUUUUUCCAAUUGACAAUGAAGAGUUGGUGUAUGGACGCUGGGAAGACAACAUUAUCUGGGAUGACCAGGAGAUGGAUUAUUUUCUCACACCACCUGUGCUCACACUGGAUCCCAAUGAUGAGAAUAUCAUUCUAGAAAUUCCUGAUGAAAAGGAGGAGACAACCUCUCACUCCCCAUCAAAAGAGAAUAAGAAGGAAACGGCAAUCAAGAAGAGCCGCAUCCUGCUGGGGAAGACUGGAGUGAUAAAAGAUGAGCCACAGCAGAACAUGUCCCAGCCAGAGGUGAAGGAUCCCUGGAACCUUUCCAAUGAUGAGUUCUACUAUCCCAAACAGCAGGGCCUCAGGGGAACCUUUGGUGGCAACAUCAUUCAGCACUCAAUCCCAGCUCUGGAGUUAAGACAGCCGUUCUUCCCCACUCACAUGGGGCCCAUGAAGCUUCGCCAGUUCCAUCGGCCAACUCUGAAGAAGUACUCAUUCGGAGCUUUGGCUCAGCCAGGCCCCCAUGCUGUUCAGCCGCUGCUCAAACACAUAAAGAAAAAGGCCAAGAUGCGAGAACAAGAGCGGCAGGCAGCAGGAGGAGGAGACAUGUUCUUCAUGCGAACUCCGCAGGACUUGACGGGCAAAGACGGAGAUCUGAUCCUAGCAGAGUACAGCGAAGAAUACGCUCCCCUCAUCAUGCAAGUCGGCAUGGCUACCAAGAUCAAAAACUAUUACAAAAGGAAACCUGGAAAAGAUCCUGGAGCGCCCGACUGUAAAUAUGGAGAGACAGUGUAUUGCCACACUUCCCCUUUCCUGGGUUCUCUGCAUCCUGGACAGCUGCUCCAGGCAUUUGAAAACAACCUCUUCCGUGCCCCAAUCUACCUGCACAAGAUGAAAGAGACAGAUUUCUUAGUCCUACGAACACGACAUGGCUACUACAUCAGAGAGAUUGUGGACAUUAUUGUAGUCGGUCAGGAGUGCCCCUUGUUUGAAGUUCCAGGGCCAAACUCCAAACGAGCCAAUACUCACAUCAGAGACUUCCUGCAGGUUUUCAUUUACCGCUUGUUCUGGAAGAGCAAGGAUCGGCCCCGGCGAAUCCGCAUGGAGGAUAUAAAGAAAGCUUUCCCCUCCCACUCAGAGAGCAGCAUCAGGAAACGACUCAAGCUCUGUGCUGACUUCAAACGUACAGGGAUGGACUCAAACUGGUGGGUGUUGAAGCCUGACUUCAGAUUGCCUACAGAAGAAGAGAUCAGGGCCAUGGUGUCUCCAGAGCAAUGCUGUGCUUACUACAGCAUGCUGGUGGCGGAGCAGAGGCUCAAGGAUGCCGGAUAUGGUGAGAAGUCCUUCUUUGCUCCAGAGGAGGAGAAUGAGGAGGACUUUCAAAUGAAGAUUGAUGAUGAGGUGCGGACAGCUCCUUGGAACACAACAAGAGCCUUCAUUUCUGCCAUGAAGGGGAAAUGCCUGUUGGAGGUUACAGGCGUGGCUGAUCCCACAGGCUGCGGAGAGGGUUUCUCUUAUGUGAAAGUGCCCAACAAGCCCACUCAACAGAAGGAUGACAAAGAGCCACAGCCUGUCAAGAAGACUGUGACGGGGACAGAUGCUGAUCUCAGGAGGCUGUCACUGAAGAAUGCCAAGCAACUGCUGCGCAAGUUUGGUGUUCCAGAGGAAGAGAUCAAGAAACUCUCACGUUGGGAGGUUAUUGACGUGGUGAGAACCAUGUCGACAGAGCAGGCGCGCACAGGUGAAGGACCCAUGAGCAAAUUUGCCAGAGGAUCUCGUUUCUCGGUCGCUGAACACCAGGAGCGCUACAAGGAAGAGUGCCAGAGGAUCUUUGACCUACAGAACAAAGUGUUAGAGUCGACAGAGGUGCUCUCCACAGACACGGACAGCAGUUCAGCUGAGGAUAGCGACUUUGAGGAGAUGGGUAAGAACAUCGAGAACAUGCUGCAGAACAAGAAAACCAGCUCCCAGCUUUCUCGCGAGAGGGAGGAGCAAGAGAGAAAGGAGCUGCAAAGGAUGCUGAUGGGUGAGGAGAGUGAUCGGGACAACAAGGGACGCAAGGAGCGGCGCAAAGGCUUGUCCAGUUCCUUGUCCACGAGCUCCCACAAAGACGAUGACACAUCCUCCGUCACGAGCCUAAACUCCUCAGCCACAGGACGGCGACUCAAGAUCUAUCGCACCUUCAGGGACGAGGAUGGCAAGGAAUAUGUCCGCUGUGAAACGGUGCGCAAAGCUUCAGUAAUCGACGCCUACACCAGGAUCAGAACCACCAAGGAUGAUGAAUUCAUACGAAAGUUCGCCCUCUUCGAUGAGCAGCACAGAGAAGAGAUGAGGAAGGAGCGACGACGCAUUCAGGAGCAGCUGAGGAGGCUCAAGAGAAACCAGGAGAAGGACAAGAUCAAGGGACCCCCAGAGAAGAAGACCAAGAAGGUCAAAGAGAGACCAGACCUCAAGGUAAAACUAAAGUGUGGAGCAUGUGGGGCCAUUGGACACAUGAGGACCAACAAAUUCUGCCCGCUUUAUUAUCAAACCAACGCCCCGCCCUCAAACCCAGUAGCCAUGACAGAGGAGCAGGAGGAGGAGCUGGAAAAGACUGUCAUCCACAAUGACAAUGAGGAGCUGAUCAAGGUGGAAGGCACUAAGAUUGUGCUGGGCAAACAGCUCAUUGAAAGUGCUGAUGAAGUGCGCAGAAAGUCUUUAGUGCUCAAGUUCCCCAAGCAACAGCUGCCACCAAAGAAGAAGAGACGCGUAGGCAGUGCAGUCCAUUGUGACUACCUCAAUAAACCCCACAAGGCCAUCCACCGCAGACGCACGGAUCCCAUGGUGACCUUGUCUUCUGUGCUAGAAAGCAUCAUCAAUGACAUGAGGGAUCACCCCAAUACAUACCCGUUCCACACGCCAGUCAAUGCCAAGGUUGUGAAGGACUAUUAUAAGAUCAUCACUCGGCCCAUGGACCUGCAGACACUGAGGGAAAAUGUACGCAAGCGAAUGUAUCCGUCGAGGGAGGAGUUCCGUGAAGCAGUGGAGGUUAUCGUCAAAAACAGCGCCACCUACAAUGGGGCAAAACAUCCAAUAACACAAGUUGCUCAGUCUAUGCUGGACCUGUGUGAUGCCAAACUGAAAGAGAAGGAGGACAGGCUGGUGAGACUAGAGAAAGCCAUCAACCCCCUGCUGGAUGACGAUGAUCAGGUGGCCUUCUCCUUCAUCCUGGACAACAUUGUAACCCAGAAGAUGAUGGUGGUUCCUGACUCAUGGCCGUUUCACCAUCCUGUCAACAAGAAGUUUGUGCCCGAUUAUUAUAAGGUGAUUGUGAACCCCAUGGACCUGGAAAGCAUCCGCAAGAACAUCUCCAAGCAUAAAUACCAGAACCGAGAUGCGUUCCUCUCAGACAUCAGCCUCAUCCACACCAACAGCAUCAAAUACAACGGCUCAGACAGUCCCUACACCAAGACAGCUCUGGAGAUUGUCAACGUGUGCAAGCAGACCUUGUCAGAGUAUGACGAGCACUUGACACAGUUGGAGAAGGACAUUUCUACUGCGAAAGAGGCCGCUCUAGAUGCAGCAGACUUGGAGAGUCUGGACCCAAUGACCCCUGGGCCUUACACGCCACAGGGUCGACACAGCAGGAGACCUGGGGAAGAAGAGUCCGAUGUGGAUAUUGAAGGCUUUGAAGAGGAAGAUGAUGGGAAACCCAAGACCCCUGCUCCUGCUGAGGAUGCUGAAGGAGAUCUGGAGGACGAUGAUGAUGAAGAGGACAUGUUGCUGCCGCCUCGCAGGCGGAUGCAUGAUCAGGAGGAAGACGAGGAUGAUGACGAAGAGGAGGGAGACAGUAGAAGAUCGAACCGCCCAGCCCAAGCCAGCGUGCUGUAUCAGGACCUGCUCAUGUCUGACGGAGAGGAUGAUGCCAGUGAAGAGGAGGGCGACAACCCUUUCUCCUCCAUACAACUGUCAGAGAGUGGCAGCGACUCCGACAGAGAGCUUGAUGUGCGACCUGCACCUCCUCGGAGAGCUCAAGACACAGCUCGCAUGGGCAUGGAGCAGGACGAGAGCAUGAUGUCGUAUGAAGGGGAUGUGCCCGAUGAGCCACACAUGGAAGACAGCAAUGUCAGCUACGGCAGCUAUGAGGAGACAGAGAGUCGCAGUCAGCUGCCACCAUCUAGCAUGGGAAACGGAGAAGAAUACGGCAUCAGCGAGGAGGAGGAGGAAGAUGAAGAAGAUGAAGCGCGAAGGAGAGGCCCUGCUGUGCUCUCCCAGGUCCAGCUCAGCGAAGACGAGGAAAGCGAAGAGUUCAGAUCAAUUGGGGGAGACAGCGACAUGGACUCCGACAAUUAGGCAAAUUUCCUUUUUUUUUAUGCGCAGUAUUAUGAAGACAUUUGUAAUCCCAGUUUUAAAACUGAGAAAAUGCGAUUUUUCAGGUAAAUAUGUACAUUGUUCUCACUUUGUAAAUGAUGGUUAAUGUUUAUAGCAUCCUGCUGUUGCUCUGUUGUACCUUUUGCAGUACAAUCAGCACAUUGUAAAUUUCUGUUUGCUUUUUAUAUGUUCAAUUAAUACUGUGUACCAUGAUGUAUCUUAACACAGAAGUGUGUAUUUGCUUGUUUUGUACUGUUUUAACUCAAUACUCUGCAAUCAGAAAAAUAUUUCAUCACCUGUGUUUCUACCCCAUUCUGAAUAAAUAUACAGAAGACAAGGAAACAGCAAAUCAUGACUACAAACAAAAACUAAUUAGCAUUUCUUCUUCUACUCUUUGAAGUGACAGAAUUCUCAUCUGUACUAAAUGACUGUUUUCUCAUACUGUUCCAGUUAGGAGUAGAUCAGAGGAAUUCAGGUCUGCAGUUCACCUUCUGUUUUGACAGAUUAAUAUUUCCUCUUAUGAAGGGAAGAAUCAGGAAAGCCAACUACAGACACUGUAUCUUUCUUUCUUGUUUAGAUUAUUACAAUUUUUUGAAAUCUA